UUAAAACACCAAGUGCUCCUUGCCAAAGGGUGUUAGAAAGAAAAAGCAGAAAAGAACAAGGAAGCCUAACCUAGGAGCGCUCCAGUUUCCCAGCAGACUCAUCCUUGCUAACUCACCCAUCCCAAACCAGGUGAGCUGCCCCCACGUCCGUCCCCUCCUCUCCCUCUUCCCUCCUAUCCUCCAUGAACUCAGCAAGAGCUGGGCACCUUCGUUCCACUCCACCGCCCAGUCCUCUAAGUUCCGACCAGGAUGAGGUGGAGAUCGACGUGCUGGCAGAGGAGGAAGAUGGAGAUCAGACGGAAGAAGAGGAUGACGAGGAGGAGAGCCAUAAGUGCCUGGAGCGAUCCCUGCAGAGGCCCGGAGCCCGCACUCUUGCAGGGAGGAGCGCGGGGGACUGCGGCGAUCUGAGUAACUCCUCCGGGUUCCUCCGCAAGUUCCGAGCACCACGGACCCCGGCGACCACCACAGCCGACGGCCCGCAGCCCGCCAAACCCCCGUACUCCUACAUCGCGCUCAUCACCAUGGCCAUCCUGCAGAGCCCGCACAAGCGCCUGACGCUCAGCGGUAUCUGCGCCUUCAUCAGCGGCCGCUUCCCCUAUUACCGCCGUAAGUUCCCCGCCUGGCAGAACAGCAUCCGCCACAACCUGUCGCUCAACGACUGCUUCGUCAAGAUCCCUCGCGAGCCGGGCCACCCGGGCAAGGGCAACUAUUGGAGCCUGGACCCCGCCUCCCAGGACAUGUUCGACAACGGCAGCUUCCUCCGGCGCAGGAAGCGCUUCAAGCGCCACCACCCGCCCUCGGGAGGCCACCCGCACUGCCCUUUCCCUCCACCCGCUGUGCCCGCCACCCUGCACGUCUCCCAGCCCAGCCUCCUGCUCCGCUACUCUGCCCCACCACAGCCUAACCUCGCAGCUCAUCCCGCUGCCCCGCCUCGGAGUCACCCGUGCGCCCCGCUGCAUCCGCAUCCCAUGCGCUACCUGCUGCUCGCGGCCCCGGCCUAUGGCGACAACCCUAGAAAAGCGGAAGGCGCGGACCCCGCCACCCCCUUAGCCAUUCCCGCGCUGCAGCCCGUACUGGGUUCCCAGCCUUGGGAGAGAGACCAGAGCUCUGGAACUCGGUCCGGACGCGGGUGCGCUUCGUUCACCAUCGAGAGCAUCAUGCAGGGGGUUACAGGAGGAGGAACUGGGUCUGCGCAGAGUCCGUCCUUUGCUCCGUGGAGCUACUGCCACCUGCUGCAACAUCCACCGUGCCUGCUGCACCCCCAGGCCGCUUCCCCUUUGUUUCACAUGUCCGCAGGUUCCCGGACAAUAUUGCCUCAGCAGCCGCAACCGCCGCUGCCGCUGCAGCAAGAACAGCAUCACUGUGCCAUUAGCUGCGCUCCCGGUAAAGGCGUGCGGUUAGGCCAGCACCUGUCCGCCGUUGCGGCGCUGCUGAGGCAACAGCCUGCAGCUGACGACGGUAGGCUGACAACCCUGGCCGCUCUUUCGGGCCGAGAGGGGACCUUGCCCGAAUUUUAAGCAGCACCCAGGCCCAGCCUCCAGGCUGGGUCGCCUUGGCACACCUGGAGCCAAGUGGCAAAAUGGAACCACUUUCUAGGUUUGCACCACCCGCCUGCUAGGCUUGUGCGUAGAAAGCCAGCAGCGGAGUGCGCACUAAGUCCUUCCAAAUUGUUACAAAUGUGUUCUGCUCGCUUGACAACACAAAAGUGGGAAAAUCCUGGAUCUACAAGUCUUGCUUGGUCUUGUCCGCUUCGGUUGUGGCUUCCACGGUUUUCCCGACUUACAUACUUCCCGAGGACCUAUGACUAUGAAAGUGAGUGAGGUGUUUUGCUGUUAAUAAAAACAAAACAGUCUGCAAUACAAAACAUCACCAUCCACAUUGCUUAGGAACUGCCAGUGUUCCCAGUGGCGACUGCGACUGCGAAUGCGUACAUGCUCCGAAACCCGUAGGUAAUACAAAUAGGGUAAUUUCAUAACAUUUAUCUCUUGUAUAUACGACGUGUCCUACUCCAACGGGGAGUGUUAAAACUAAGCCUAGUUAUAGAGAUUGAAUAAAAUACGAAACUACAAUGCUA